AUGUCAUAUGGAGAACCCAAAUUAGGUGUUGUAGACAGAACCCUUCGCAAAGUAGUUUCCGUUUUAGGAAACCAGAUAAAAAGUAUAAUCUUGAAGGCUUCAUUAGAAAUGCUUCCUUCAUUCAAAGAUGAGUUUGGCAAGUUGUUGACUACCCUUGACAAUGUGGGGGCAAACGUCUCAUCUUUACAAGCUAUGAUCGAUGUACUUAUGAUGACCGCAAUUGACUAUUAUUCAGCACACUCUACUUACUCCCAAAAGCUGUCUCCCGAGGUUCAAAUUGAUUGUUUAGCUAUUGUUGACUCUUCACUUUCUAUCAAGGAUUAA